UCCACACCUGCACAUCUCACCACUGUGAACAGAGAGCAUGGAGGAAGACCUAAAGGAGAGACCCAAGUCCAGGGGUCUGAGUACCCUGGAGAAGAGCCUGGCACUACUGUUUGUAGCUCUGACUGGCGCCUGCAUCGGACUGGUGGUCAUCUACUUCACUGACAAGAACAACGUCUCCACUGAUGGAGAGGUCAAUUCGGGAUGCGGGGGUCCUCAGGCACUCAAGGGCCCGUCGGGGGAGUUCACCAGCAUGAAUCACCCCAGUAGCUACGACAACGGCAAGAGCUGCAGCUGGCACAUCACUGUGGACCCAGGCAUGGUGAUCCAUUUGUGGUUUGAAGACUUCUCCCUGGAGGCAACAGACCUGUGCACAGCAGACUAUGUUACAAUCCAGGACAACCUGGGAGUCAUCGGGAGGUUGUGUGGGCACUCCAAACCCGGGCCGAUAGUGUCAUUGGGAAACUCUAUGUUGUUGUUCUUUGACACCAACGACAGAAAUACAGACAAGGGAUUCAAAGCAAAUUACCAAGCUGUGACACCAGAGAGUACUUUAGAAAUAGCCGGGGCUGGUGGCUCUCUCCAAGGUGACCGCGGUGAUCUUCUGACCCCUGGGUUCCCAGCACAGAACUACGAGAACGGGGCUCUCUACCAGUGGAGGAUCACUGUACCGGAGGGAGAGAAGAUCAGACUAACGUUCUCCUCCUUCGACCUGGUCCCUGAGGCCUGUAGAGACUACGUAGAUGUCUACGACGGUCACAAAACCGGCUCUGCCAUGUUGGGGCGAUUCUGUGGUAGUAAGAAUCCAGGCCGUGUGGAUUCCAGUGGCAACACGAUGGUGGUGCGUUUCAAAACCGAUGCCACUCUCACCUCCAAGGGUUUCAGUGCCACAUACACCAAGACCAGCCUCAUCCCAACCACGGUCAAACCUACCACCAUGAUGCCCACAACACCAGCUAUAACCGACUCAGGCUGCGGUGGUGUCGGAACGCUGUUCGGCCGGAAAGGGGAGAUCCAUUCUAUGGGAUUCCCAGAUGCGUAUCCCGGGAAUCUACACUGCUCCUGGAACAUCACAGCUCCGGAAGGCUUCCUGGUCAAACUGCACGUCACAGACAUGUCCGUCACGGGAGAGGCGGGUCAGUGUGGCGAAGACAAGCUUGUAGUUUCUGACAGCCUCCAGGCGCUUGGCACGCACUGUGGCUACGUCCUUCCCCCUGUGGUGGUCAGUGUCAAUAACAAGAUGUCUCUGAGCUUCCUGUCUGAUUCACGUCUCGCUGACCGAGGCUUCUCCGCUAAGUGGGAGGCCGUGUAUCCUGAGGACAUCGCAGAGAUCCAGGGAUGCGGAGGGGCCUCCCAUGAGGAAAAAGGGGUGAUUAAGUCUCAGAACUGGCCUAUGAACUACAAGGCGGCUAGCGAGUGCAUGUGGAGUGUGGAGGUGCCCAAAAGGAAGACCAUAACCCUGACGUUCACCCACUUCCACGUGGAAGCCAAGGACAUUUUCACAUCCAAAUGCUUGGAUAACGUGGUGGCAUACGACAUCUAUAAUGACGGAGCUGAGAGUACAAAACACGGUCCAUGGUGUGGCGACCAACUCCCAGCCACCAUCACGACUAAGGGCAACAAGUUGGUGAUGCGUUUCCAUGCUGACUUCUUCGUGGAGGCUAAAGGUUUCAGAGCCUACUGGACUACAGACACCACCCAGCCUGUUCCCACUGAGCCCCCUGUACAGCCCAACCCCUGGGACAACAUCACCGUAGAAUGGCCAACCACAUGUGGCAAACCCGCCAUUCCCCCCACCAUCCACACCCGCAUCGUCAACGGAGAGCCAGCCAAGCCCCACUCCUGGCCCUGGCAGGUGUCCAUGCAGGUUUGGCCUAGCAGUCAGGAGACACCCAAGUUCUUCCACACCUGCGGAGGAACUCUCAUCCAUAAGAACUGGGUCAUGACAGCUGCCCAUUGCUUCAUACG